GCGGAUUUCUCAUCAAGCCCUUCUCCCCCUUUUCCGCUCCCUGUUUCUCAUUCCUCAGAAGCAGCCCAGAGAGAAGGAAAAGGGCAGGCUACGGCCAGGAGAGCGUUGUCCAGCCUGUCCAAUCAAGAGCUCAGGUAGAAUCAAGAGCUUCAGCCCCAGGAUGUUGACAACACUGCUGCCUUUGCUGCCGCCCCUGCUGCUGCUGCUGCCCAGCUGGGCCCUUUGUAGCCAGGAAGCCUCCGAGGGCCCACUGAACUUCCACAUGCUCCAGAUCGCCCACUUCCGCGACCCCUAUCACGUGAGGUAUUACGGCAACGCGUCACUGGGGGGACAUCUGACACACAGACUGGAGGGCCCAGGCAACAACGUCACAAUCCUGCAGCUGCAGCCCGUGCAGGAGCCACAGAGCUGGGCGCACACAGAGACAGGUCUGCAUCUCUACCUGCAGCAGUUCCAGAGCCUCGUGCGGCUGGUGUACAUGGAACAGAGGAACAGCGUCACCUUUCCUCUCACCAUCCGCUGCUUCCUGGGCUGCGAGCUGCCUCCUGAAGACUCUGAGAGCUCCAAAGCCCGUGUCUUCUUCGAAGUGGCUUUGAAUGGGAGCUCCUUUGUGAGUUUCCAGCCGGAGGAUGCCCAGUGGGUGCCAGGACCCGAGGCACCCUCCACUUUGGUCACUUACACGCUGAAGCAACUCAACAGCUACAAUCGUACUCGGUAUGAAAUGCGGGAAUUUCUGCAGGACACCUGUGUGCAGUACGUUCAGGAACAUAUCACCAUGAAAAACUCGAAAGGGAGCCAAACAGGCCGCUCCUACACUUCACUGGUCCUGGGCAUCCUGGUGGGCAGUUUUGUCAUCGCUGGUGUGGCUGUGGGCAUCUUCCUGUACACAGGUGGACGGCGAUGUUAAUUACGCUCCAGCUCACUCGAGAAAGGGCUGGGUUGACCAGAGCUGGCAAGGGAAGGUCUCAGCUGACAUGAAGCCAAACAGAUGCUCCAACUGGGACACCAUAUCCCAGAAAGUUUGCAGUGACAGCUCCUUUUUUCUCCCAAAUCUGCCCACCAAGGGUUUGGGGAAGGGAUGUGGGGAGGCUUGGUAAUUGGUUUGCUAAGAACCUAACAACUUGCGUGCUUUGCUGAAUUGGUAUGAGAAGUGAAUGUCUAUGUAUAUUUGUGGAAAACAGAUGAAGGAGUUGGGGCAGGAGUGUCUAUGGCCCAUCCUCCAAAGGUAGAAUCACCUGAGACACUGAACGCACAUAAGGAAAUAAAACAAAUUGUCCAUUACCAAAAUAAACAGCAUUCAGUGGUUCCAGGUGUGUCCAACUUGGGAAGGGACACUGGGAUAAAAGAGGUAGAAAGAAGUAAACAGAGGAAUGGUAUAAAGAUAAAAAUCAAAGUAAUAUGGAAACAAUGUUAUUAAUUAAUUUUAAAAUAUGAAUAAAUAUAUUGCUUAUGCAAAUAGCAUAAUUGUUUCCUCUAUUUUACAAAACUUCUGGAGAAGUAGUUUAUACUCUCUGCUACUGCUUCUUCCUAUCCCACUCUUUUUUUUUUUU